AUGGCCACCGUCAACAUCCGCCGGGAUAUCACCGAUCCCUUCUAUCGCUACAAGAUGGAGAAGCUCCAGGCUAAGGUCGAGGGCAAGGGCAACGGUAUUAAGACCGUUGUCGUCAACCUGAACUCAGUUGCCCAGUCCCUCAGUCGGCCUCCUGCCUAUCUCAUCAAGUACUUCGGAUUUGAACUUGGUGCCCAGGCCAACGCUAAGCCCUCCGACGACCGUUGGAUCAUCAACGGCUCUCACGACGCCCCUAAGCUUCAGGAUUACCUCGAUGGCUUCAUCUCCAAGUUUGUGCUGUGCAAGAAAUGCAAGAACCCCGAGACCGAUGUCAUUAUCAAGGACGAGAAGAUUACCCUGGACUGCAAGGCUUGUGGUCAGCGCUCCGAUGUCGACCCUCGCCUCAAGCUGAGCACCUUCAUUGUUCGCAACAACCCCAAGGGUGGCAAGAAGGAGAAGAAGAAGUCCCGCCGCGAGCGAGAGAAGGAGAAGGCUGCCAAUGGCGAGGAUGCCAGCCCCGGCGACAGCAACAAUUCCGAGAAUGGCGAGGAUGGAGAUUAUGCUCUCGAGGCUAACAGCGAUGAUGAAGUGACCCGCCAGGCCCAGGCCAUCGAGGCCGAAGCCGAGAUCAAGGAUGAUGAGUGGGCUGUUGACGUUUCCGAGGAGGCCGUGAAGGCUCGUGCCAAGGAUCUCCCCUCGGACCUCAAGCGUGCCCUUGUCAUUGAGGAUGGUGACGAUGAGGGAGCUGAUGGACCCUCGUCCUACGAGCAGCUGGGAAGCUGGAUCGUUGACACCGCUGCUGAGAAGGGCGGUGUCACCAAGGUGACUGAUGUUGAGAUCUACAUGAAGGCCAAGGAGUUCGGCAUUGAGACUAAGCACAAGACUUGCGCCGUUCUGGCACAGAGCAUCUUCGACGAGAAGGUUGCCAAGCAGAUUGAAGGCCGCGCUGGUUUGCUCAAGAAGCUGAUCACCUCCGAUCGUCAUGAAAAGGCUUUCCUCGGUGGUACCGAGCGCUUCGUUGGCCAGGAUCACCCGGAACUGGUCGCCCAGAUCCCUGCCAUCCUGCUGGGCUACUACCAGAACGACCUUGUGUCUGAGGAAACUCUCAAGGCGUGGGGUGCCAAGACCAGCAAGAAAUAUGUCGACAUUUCGACUAGCAAGAAGAUCCACAAGGCUGCUAAGCCCUUCAUUGAGUGGCUCGAGAAUGCCGAGAGCGACGAGGAGAGUGAAGAAGACAGCGAGUAG